AUGCCGAUAGCUCUAUCCCCUCCCUUCCGGCCACGGAACGGCCUGACAAAGUUCACAAACUGCCGCCUCCUGCGCGGCGACAAGCUCGUCCACGAGGACCUCUGGGUCAGCUCCACGUCCGGCAAGAUCGUCAACAGCCAGGCCGCCUUCUUCGACGACCUCGUCCUGCCGGAUCAGACCAUCGACCUCGGCGGCCGCAUCAUCUCGCCCGGCUUCAUUGACGUGCAGCUCAAUGGCGCCUUUGGCUUCAACUUCUCCACGCUUCUCGACGACAUGUCGCAGUACGGCAAGAAGGUCAAGGAGGUCCAGAAGCUGCUCGUCCAGACGGGCGUCACAUCGUACAACCCCACCAUCACCAGCCAGAGGCCGGAACUAUAUCAAAAGGCUCUUCCGUUCCUGGGACCGUCCGGGCACCUGCAGGAGGCCGAAGACGGGGCCGAGUCGCUCGGCGCCCACUGCGAGGGCCCGUUCCUCAGCCCGACCAAGAACGGCGUGCACAACGUCGACGUGCUGAUCGAGGCGCAGACGUUUGAGGACAUCGAGGCCUGCUACGGCAAGCACAACCUCACGCCGCGGGCCGAGGGCGAGCCCAUCCCCAUCAAGUACAUCACGGCGGCGCCGGAGCGCGGCCAGAUGACCAAGCUCAUCCCGGAGCUCACGGCCAGGGGCAUCAUCUACUCGGUCGGCCACUCCGAGGCCACGUACGAGCAGGCGUCCGAGGCCGUCGGCCAGGGCGCCACCAUGAUCACACACCUGUUCAACGCCAUGCGCCCGCUGCACCACCGCAACCCGGGCAUCUUUGGCGUCCUGGGCAUCGCCGAGAGCCUGCCGCGGCCGUACUUUGGCAUCAUCGCCGACGGCAUCCACCUGCACCCGACCACGAUCAAGAUUGCCUUUAACUCUCAUCCCGACGGCUUCAUCCUCGUCACGGACGCCAUGCACCUCGUUGGCCUGCCCGACGGCGCAUACCCGUGGACCAACGGCGACACGACGUGCAACAUCGUCAAGGUGGGCUCCAAGCUGCUACUCGAGAACUCGGAUACGAUUGCCGGCAGCUCCAUCACCCUCCUCGAGUGCGUCAACAACUUCCUCCAAUGGACAGGCACGGGCAUCCCUCACGCCCUCAAGGCCGUCACGUCCACCCCCGCGGCCAUGCUGGGCCUGCAGGGCGUCAAAGGAUCGCUCGACGCCGGCGCCGACGCCGACCUGGUCAUCUUCUCCGAGAAGCAGACGCCCGGCCAGCCCAGCACUCUGGUCCUGGACGAGGUGUGGAAGUUUGGCACCAGAGUCCACCGCGUCGUUCACGAUUCGUAG